CCCCCCGGCCGGGAUCCUGCUGCGGCUGCCGCAGGUGGCUAUGGCUACAGGACAGGUGCUAUUCCAGCGCUUUUUUUAUACCAAGUCUUUUGUGAAGCAUUCCAUGGAGCAUGUAUCCAUGGCCUGUGUCCAUCUGGCAUCCAAAAUUGAGGAGGCCCCCAGACGCAUUCGGGAUGUGAUCAAUGUGUUCCAUCGCCUCAGACACCUGAGGGAGAAAAAAAAACCUGUGCCUCUAAUAUUGGAUCAAGAAUAUGUGAACUUGAAGAAUCAAAUAAUAAAGGCAGAAAGAAGAGUGUUGAAGGAGUUGGGAUUUUGUGUUCAUGUGAAGCACCCUCAUAAGGUUUGUACUUUAUAAAUUCACUAUAUAACCAAUGUUUCAUGUUCUGUGAAGCUUUGAGGAGGCUGCCUGGAAGCUCUGAGGACUGCACAUGAUAAUCAGUGAAUUCAGUGAGAUUAGUUUCUUACCAUCCUGAUGUUUUUUUUCUCAUUUAAGAGACUCUUACUAAUUGUUCUGGUCUCACUGAGCGACGGCGAGGUGGCUGCGGGUGCUCAGUAUUCCUGGAAGGCAAAUUGGAUCAGUAGGUAGCUUUGGUGGUGGAAAACAUCACCUGGACUUAGAUCCCCAAGCAGGGAGGAGUUUGGAGGCCUGGGGUUGUGCUGAUCACUCCUGGUGGGAAAAGCUCUGUGAGCCAGUUUAGUGCUUGGAGUGUGUUAAAGCCAGGCUCGAGCUUGGCUAGAGAUGAGACAAGGCUCAGUAUUAACAAGUGUCAGAGUGGAUGAUACUUGAAAGAUGGAAUUACCUCAGAUGUUUAAAUUGUGCCUUAACUGGUAAAAGAACUUCUGUUUGUGUGCCAACACAAUUUGGGAUCUUGCUCUUCUCUAAAAAACUCCUGUUCAGAGCCUUCUUUUUGAGCUUCUUGACAUCCAGAAUUUCCUUUUGUCACCCACCCCAGAGGGCAGCUGUAGUUUGUUAAUUAGGGUGAAUUUUGCCC